UCGCCGCGGGGAGUGUGGGCGGGCGCAGCCACCUCACCGCAGCCACGCCCCUCCACUGUAUGGAGCCCUCCCGGCGCCCCCCCCCGGAGCGCUGACCCCUGACCUCUGACCCCUCUCCCGGGCCUACCACCCCCGCCCCGGCUCAUGGAGGCGGCCGGAGCCCCGGUCCCGGCUCCGGCGGGGAAGCGGCGGCGUUUCGCGCUGCGGCAGGAGGAGCCCGCCCACUCCGCGGUCCCGUCGCUCUUCAAACCCUCCGCGCCCCCCACCGGGGACCCCCCCGGCUCCCCCCCGUCGCCGCCACCGGGCCCCAGCUCCUACGCCGAGUACGUGGUGCAACAAUCGGCCGCCGCCGGCCCCGGCCCCGCCGAACCGAUCCCGGCCUCCACCAGCGCUGCCCGGGCACACCCCGCGCCUCCCGCCGGGGCUGGCGGUGGUCCCGCGGGGGGGGCAGCACCGGGCGGGGGGGGGCCCCGGGAUGCGCCGCCCCCCCAGCCGCCCCUGCCCGUACUCAAACCGGGAGCCAAGAGCAGCAGCAUCGUCGUGAGCCCGCGGCAGCGCGGCAACCCGGUGCUGAAAUUUGUCCGCAAUGUCCCUUGGGAGUUUGGUGACGUCGUCCCCGACUAUGUGCUGGGUCAGAGCACCUGUGCCCUCUUCCUGAGCCUGCGCUACCACCAUCUCAACCCCAGCUACAUCCACGACCGCCUGCGGCACCUGGGCAGGAGCUACGGGCUGCAGCUGCUGCUGCUCCAGGUCGACGUGAAGGACCCGCACCAGGCGCUGAAGGAGCUGGCGAAGGUCUGCAUCCUGGCCGACUGCACCCUCCUGGUGGCCUGGAGCCCUGAGGAGGCUGGGCGCUACCUGGAGACCUACAAGGCCUACGAGCAGAAGCCGCCCGACCUGCUGAAGGAGCGGGUGGAGCAGGAUUUUCUCUCCCGGAUGACUGACUGCCUGACCAGUGUCAAGUCAGUGAACAAGACGGACGCGCUGAGCCUCCUCACCACCUUCGGGUCGCUCAUGGCCGUGGUCAACGCCUCCAGGGAGGACCUGUCCCUCUGCCCCGGCAUUGGGCCCCAGAAGGCCAAGCGGCUCUUCGAUGUCCUUCACGAGCCCUUCCUCAAGGUCCCCAAAUGAGUGGCUGCCCCCAAAACCUCCGUUUUUAUAAUAAAUGGUGUUUUUCAGUGA